AUGUGCGGUUAGUCGGGCCAAUUGAGGUAAUAUGGACAUGAAUGUAUAGUUAAAGUGACUAUGCAUAGAUGAUUAACAGAGAGUAGCAAGCAGCGUAAAAGAGGGUUUGGGGGAAGAGUGGGGGGACACCAUUUAGACCAUUUCAACUGGGGGGGCCAAGCUGGGGCCAGUUGUACUGUUAGAGGGGCCAGUGACAUUAGACGUUAUUGUUGUCAUCGUUUUCUUCACUGCAUUGCAGGCAUUAGCAGGCAAAAGACCAUGUUCAUAAUCAUCAUCGUUGCCACUGUCUAAUAACGGAUGUAAAAAAAGAACGAUAGCAAAAAUGAGUUAUGUAAAACUUAUUUCAUACUCCACAUUUAGGGGGGCUACAAGGGGGUCCAAAAUUGUUGUCACAGGGGCAAUGCCCCCCCACCCCCCACCCCAGAACCGCCACUGACCACUUGCCAUGCAGAGAGAACAGUCUAUGACUGGGGUGGCUGGGGUCUUGACAAUUCUUAGGGCCUUCCUCUGACACUGCCUGGUGUAGAGAUCCUGGAUUGCAGGCAGCUUAGCCCCAGUGAUGUACUGGGCCAUACACACUACCCUCUGUAGUGCCUUGCAGUGAUGCAACCAGUCAGGAUGCUCUCGAUGGUGCAGCUGUAGAACCUUUUGAGGAUCUGAGGACCCAUGCCAAAUCUUUUCAGUCUCCUGAGGGGAAAUAGGUUUUGUCGUGCCCUCUUCACGACUGUCUUGGUGUGUUUGGACCAUUCUAGUUUGUUGGUGAUGUGGACACCAAGGAACUUGAAGCUCUCAACCUGCUCCACUACAGCCCCGUCGAUGAGAAUGGGGGCGUGCUUGGUCCUCCUUUUCCUGUCCACAAUCAUCUCCUUUGUCUUGAUUACGUUGAGGGAUAGGUUGUUAUUCUGGCACCACCCAGCCAGGUCUCUAACCUCCUUCCUAUAUGCUGUCUCAUCGUUGACGGUGAUCAGGCCUACCACUGUUGUAUCGUCGGCAAACUUAAUGAUGAUGUUGAAGUCGUGCCUUGCCAUGUAGUCGUGGGUUAACAGGGAGUGCAGGACUGAGGGGCCAAUGAGGGGCUCCAGUGUUGAGGAUCAGUGUGGCAGAUGUGUUGCUACCUACCCUCACCACCUGGGGAAGGCCCGUCAGGAAGUCCAGGAUCCAGUUGCAGAGGGAGGUCUUUAGUCCCUGGGUCCUUUGCUGAGUGAUGAGCUUUGAAGGCACUAUGGUGUUGAAUGCUGAGCUGUAGUCUAUGAAUAGCAUUCUCACGUAGGUGUUCCUUUUGUCCAGGUGGGAAAGGGCAGUGUGGAGUGCAAUAGAGAUUGCAUCAUCUGUGGAUCUGUUUGAACGGUACGCAAAUUGGAGUGGGUCUAUUGUUUCUGGGAUAAUGGUGUUAAUGUGGGCCAUUACCAGCCUUUCAAAGCACUUCAUGGCUACGGACGUUAGUGCUACGGGUCUGUAGUCAUUUAGGCAGGUUGGGGCACAGGGAUUAUGGUGGUCUGCUUGAAGCAUGUUGGUAUUACAGACUCAACCAGAGACAUGUUAAAAAUGUCAGUGAAGACACCUGCCAGUUGGUCAGCACAUGCCCGGAGCACACGUCCUGGUAAUCCGUCUUGCGCAGCAGUUAACCUAUUUAAAGGUCUUACUCACGUCGGCCACGGAGAUCGUGAUCACACAGUCAUCCGGAACAGCUGAUUCUCUCAUGCAUGCCUCAGUGUUGCUUGUCUCGAAGCAGAGAAGUGGUAGACUCGUGUCACUGGGCAGCUUGCGGAUGUGCUUCCCUUUGUAGUCUGUAAUAGUUUGCAGGCUCUGCCACAUCCGACGAGCGUCGGAGCCGGAGUAGUACGAUUCAAUCUUAGUCUUGUAUUGGCGCUUUGCCGGUUCGUCAGAGGGCAUAGCAGGAUUUCUUAUAAGCUUCCGGGUUAGAGUCCCGCACCUUGAAAGUGGCAGCUCUACCCUUUAGCUCAGUGCGAAUGUUGCCUGUAAUCCAUGGCUUCUGGUUGGGAUAUGUACGUACAGUUACUGUUGGGACGACAUCCUCUAUUUCAUAGUUUUGAUGUAUUCGCUAUUAUUCUACAAUGUAGUAAAUAGUAAAAAUAAAGAAAAACCCUUGAAUGAGUAGGUGUCCAAACUUUUAACCGGUACUGUAUAUCUCAGCUCUGCAGAUUUUGCUGCCAAGAGACAGAAUCAUUAGAUAAUUAAUUCUGGUAUUACCCCCAUGUACAGUAGCUUGUUUAUGGUCACAGGUUCAGGAAUGGCUGAAAAAUCACAACAUUAACCCUACAAAUAGCAGUGUUGGGUGCUUUCAGAAGACAUAGUCAAUCAAUCAACAAUAUAGCAAUACUCUUAGGAAAAAUAUGUAUCUUUAUCUUACAAUCUGUGGAUACUAUGUGAUUAGAAAGGUUAACAAUGUAUGUAAGACAUCCCAGCACAGUUGAAAAAUCUAUGGCACAUGAAAAUCAACAGAGGGUGGUCUACGGAGAUAGGUGGGAUGGGCUGAGAGUAGCUGAGGGCUGGGAUUAAAAAGCUCAUAAUCAGUAAUAGUUAUUACUGAAAACUCUAUAUAUAAUGUGAACCGGCGAUGUCUGAGUACUAUCUUUUACAAAUGUAAUGUGUAUAUACAAUUGUUAUGCGAAUGAUAUGUAUAAAAGUACCAUGUAGGUAUACUAAAAUAAAGCUGUAUAGCUGAAAUAAAAGAUCCCAGAAAUGUUCCAUACUCACAAAAAGCUUAUAUAUAUCAAAUUUUGUGCGCAAAAUUGCUUACAUCCCUGUAAGUGAACAUUUCUCCUUUACUAAGAUAAUCCAUCCACCUGAUAGCUGUGGCAUUUCAAGAAGCUGAUUGAACAGCAUUUUAGAGAAUUUGGCAGUACGUCCAACCGGCCUCGCAACCGCAGACCAUGUGCAACCACGCCAGCCCAGGACCUCCACAUCCGGCUUCCUCACCUGUGGGAUCGUCUGAGACCAGCCACCCGGACAGUUGAUGAAAUUGGUCUUGACCUGACUGCAGUUUGGCGUCAUAAUCGACUUCAGUGUGCAAAUGCUCACCUUCGAUGGCCACUGGCACGCUGGAGAAGUGUGCUCUUCAUGGAUGAAUCCCGGUUUCAACUGUAUCGGGCAGAUGGCAGACAGCGUUGCUGAUGUCAACAUUGUGAACAGAGGGCCCCAUGGUGGCAGUGGGGUUAUGGUAUGGGCAGACAUAAGCUAUGGACAACGAACACAAUUACAUUUUAUCGAUGACAAUUUGAAUGCACAGAGACACUGUGAUGAGAUCCUGAGGCCCAUUGUUGUGCCGUUCAUCCACCUCCAUCACCUCAUGUUUCAGCAGGAUAAUGCACAGCACCAUGUCGCAAGGGUUUGUAAACAAUUCCUGGAAACUGAAAAUGUCCCACUUCUUCCAUGGCCUGCAUACUCACCAGAGAUGUCACCCAUUUAGCAUGUUUUAUGAUGCUCUGGAUUGACAUGUAAGACAGUCCAGCAACUUUGCACAUCCAUUGAAGAGGAGUAGGACAACAUUCCACAGGCAAUAAUCAACAGCCUGGUCAACUCUAUGCGAAGGAGAUGUGUUGCGCUGCAUGAGGCAAAUGGUGAUCACACCAGAUACUGACUGGUUUUCGUAUCCAUGCCCCUACCUUGUUUUUUAAAGGUAUCUGUGAUCAACAGAUGCAUAUCUGUUUUCCCAGUCAUGUGAAAUCCAUAGAUUAGAGCCUAAUUACUUUAUUUCAAUUGAGUGAUUUCCUUAUAUGAACUGUAACUCAGUAAAAUCUUUGAAAUUGCUACAUGUUGCGUUUAUAUUUUUGUUCAGUGUAAAAUGUGUGUAAAAUGUAUAUGUAACAAAAGAGCUGUAAAAAACAAAAAUAGAAAACAACGUUUAUUUUGUCCUCUGGAGAGAAAGGGGGGGGGGCAAACAAGGGUUCCAAAAGGGUUCUUUGGCUUUUCCUCAUAGGAUAACCCUUUUUGGUUCCAGGUAGAAUCCUUUUUAACCAGGUAGAACGCUUUUAGGUUUCAUGUUGAACUCUCUGUGGAAAGGGUUCUACAUGGAACCAAAGGGUUCUACCUGGAACCAAAAAGGGUCCUUCAAAUGGUUAUUCUACGGGGACAGCUGAAGACCGUUUUUAGUUUUUUUAGGUUCUUUAGGUUCUUUUUUAUCUAAGAGUGUAGUGGCAGGACAAGUUCAGACUGUUGUUGAAAUACAAACAGUCCUGCUUGUGUUGAGAUACCUUGGCUGCUGUGCACACUGAAUGUAAAUAUCAUAUUGUAGUGUCUGCCUUUUGAGAUGAACUAGGCUGUGUAAUACAAUGUAGUCCUUCACUUUUCUAUACUUGAAUAUGAUUAUUGAGCAACCGAUUAGUUAAAGCUUCCUUUUUAUUUAUUUUUUAUAUGUAAUUAAUCAUUGGUCCAUAGCCUGCUCUGAGCGACAUCCCACACACUCUUCAAAGACCUUAAAAAGCAAUGCCCAUGAUUUUCCCAGGCCAGAGAAUAUGAUGAAUCACUAAAUUGGUAUGCACCUCAAUAACACUUCAAAGUCUCUUAGGCAAUAUGUAUUUAGGAUUUUAUAACCAUUAGCCACUUAAAUGAUUUCAUUGUUACAGGGCUGGAUCAGUGGAAUGGCUCUUUUGAGUCUCCAGUUAAAGAGAAGCUUGUCUAGAUCAUUUGUUUUCAGCUAAUGUGACACAUUUUUCUCUCACUGUGCAGUGACACAUUUUGCCUACAUCUUUGGAGAUUAUUUAAUGGAAUAGAAUAUAAGAAUAUAAUACAUUUCCUUUGGUAAAGUACACUACACAAAGGCCUGUCACCUUUAGGCAACAAGUGGACUUCCACUAGGAAAUGUGAUAGGGUAGUCCUGUUGACAAACAAGUCACACAUGGAAAACCAUGUUAAGCCCGACAAAGAGGCUCACAAGUUGUGUCUAGAACUGGGGUCCACAGAUCCACAGUUUGUGUGGAAGCACAGUGUCAGUGUGGGUAACAGCAGACCCACCACAGCCCAAGCCAGCUUCCCUACCAGGGGGCAAACAGAGCUACAAAUGGCCGUGCAGAGGGAACAAUCCCAGUGUGAAUGGAGCAGCAUUAGCCAGGCCCCUAAUGCCAGUUUACUAACACCUGUAUUAGUGCACCAUCACUGUGGGGAAGACCACUGUCCAACAACUAGUAAUCCCAUAAGCUCCCACAACAUUUGCAUAUUCCUCAUUAUCUUAUUUAAACCUGAAGAAGGCAGUUUUUCACAGCUGGCGGCCUCCACUCCCACUGCCUGGGUGGCUGUGGAAUAGAGUAAUGUUCGUGAAUGUGAGGUUGAUAUGUAUGUAAGGGAUUAACAGAAUGGGUUUGGGUGUGAAGCAAUGCAGCCAUAUCCUCUACACAGGAUCAGGGUAAUUGGAGGGGUGGAGAAGAUGGCCGAUCCAUUACGUUGAGUCUGUUUGCUCAGCGGUCAGCCGGUCUAGUUUGGCAAUUUUGCUCCCGCUUUUGGCACUGCUACUUUGCAAUAGUAUGUGUGUGUAUGUGUCUGUGUGUGUUGGGGGGGGGGCUUUUUGUCCCCAACCAUAGCCCUUAGAACCUCUAUGUAUUCACCAAGCUAUGAAGAUCCCCCUACAAAGCAAAUGCCUUGAAGAUUUAGCAUGGCAGAAAAGUAGUGUGUUGAAAAAGGGAAAAAUUGCUGUGGAAAUUUCAAGUGGUACUUGAGGGGCGACCCAAUCAGACCACACAUUCUGCUCUCUACAAGUGAGAGAUAAUUGAAAUCUAUAAACACCUCCAAAGCCUCUUUCUUAUUUUUAUUAAUUCUCUGCUUUCAAAUCUCUGCAUCAAAUGCGCCGAAAGCUACUUCAAAGAAGAUUGUAAUGGUUCAAAUUCAGCAUAAAGAGAAAGCCAUUAUUGAAAGGCUCUCUUGCAUCAUUUAUUUGAUUGUGUUGUAUUUAUAUUUGAAAGCUAGUGGAAAUAUCACAUAGUAUUCAAAGGAACAAAUGUUUCAAGUCUUGUUACUUUUUACAAAUAUACAUUACCAGUCAAAGGUUUGGACAUACCUUCUCAUUCAAGGGUUUUUCUUUAUUUUUACGAUUUUCUACAUUGUAGAAUAAUAGUGAAGACAUCAAAACUAUGAAAUAACACAUAUGGAAUCAUGUAGUAACCAAAAAAAGUGUUAAACAAAUCUAAAUAUAUUUUAUAUUUGAGAUUCUUCAAAGUAGCCACCCAUUGCCUUGAAGACAGCUUUGCACACUCUUGGCAUUCUCUCAACCAGCUUUAUGAGGUAGUCACCUGGAGUGCAUUACAAUUAACAGGUGUGCCUUGUUAAAAGUUCAUUUGUCGAAAUUCUAUCCUUCUUAAUGCAUUUGAGCCAAUCAGUUGUGUUGUGACAAGGUAGGGGUGGUAUACAGAAGAUAUCCCUAUUUGGUAAAAGACCAAGUCCUUAUUAUGGCAAGAACAGCUCAAAUAAGCAAAGAGAAACGACAGUCCAUCAUUACUUUAAGACAUGAAGGUUGGUCAAUAUGGAACAUUUCAAGAAGAAGUUUCUUCAAGUGCAAUCACAAAAAUCAUAAUGCGCUAUGAUGAAUCUAGUUCUCAUGAGGACCACCACAGGAAUGGAAGACCCAGAGUUACCUCUGCUGCAGAGGAUACGUUCGUUAGAGUUAACUGCACCUCAGAUUGCAGCCCAAAUAAGUCCUUCACAGAGUUCAAGUAACAGACACAUCUCAACAUCAACUGUUCAGAGGAGACUGCGUGAAUCAGGCCUUCAUGAUCGAAGAAACCACUACUAAAGAAAUUGCCUAGUUAAAUGAAGGUUAAAUAAAAAUAAAGGACACCAAUAAGAAGAGACUUGCUUGGGCCAAGAACCACAAGCAAUGGACAUUAGACCGGUGGAAAUGUGUCCUUUGGUCUGACGAGUCCAAAUUUGAGAUUCUUAGUUCCAACAAGGAAUAGGAGAUGUGAUGGUGUAGGGGUGCUUUGCACACUUAACCAGCAUGGCUACCACAGAAUUCUGCAGCGAUACGCAAUCCCACCUGGUUUGCGCUUAGUGGGACUAUCAUUUGUUUUUUAACAGGACAAUGACCUAACACACCUCCAGGCUGUGUACUCCGAGCAUAUGCUGACCAAUUUUCAACCUGUCCCUGACUGAGUCAGUAAUACCAACAUGUUUCAAUCAGACCAUCAUAGUCCCUGUGCCCAAGAACACUAAGGAAACCUGCCUAAAUGACUACCAACCCGUAGCACUCACAUCUGUAGCCAUGAAAUGUUUUGAAAGGCUGGUCAUGGCUCACAUCAACACCAUUAUUCCAGAAACCAUAGACCCACUCCAAUUUGCAUACUGCACCAACAGAUCCACAGAUCAUGCAAUAUCUAUUGCACUCAACACUGCCCUUUCCCACCUGGACAAAAGGAACAUCUAUGUGAGAGUGGUAUUCAUUGACUACAGAUCAGCGUUCAACACCAUCGUGCCUUCAAAGCUCAUCACUAUGCUAAGGACCCAGGGACUAAACACCUCCCUCUGCAACUAGAUCCUGGACUUCCUGUCCAGCUGCCCCCAGGUGGUAUGGGUAGGUAACAACACAUCUGCCACGCUGAUCCUCAACAUAGGGGCUCCUCAAGGGUGCGUGCUCAGUAUCCUCCUGUACUCCCUGUUCACUCAUGACUGCAUGGCCAGGCACGACUCCAACACCAUCAUUAAAUUUGCAGACGAUACAACAGUGGUAGGCCUGAUCACCAACAAUGAUGAGACAGCCUAUAGGGAGGAGGUCAGAGACCUGGCCGUGUGGGGCAAGGAUAACAACCUAUCCCUCAACGUAGUCAAGACAAAGGAGAUGAUUGUCGACUACAGGAAAAGGAGGACUGAGCACGCCCCCAUUCUCAUCGACGGGGCUGUAGUGGAGCAGGUUGAGAGCUUCAAGUUCCUUGGUGUCCACAUCACCAACAAACUAGAAUGGACCAAACAGACCAAUACAGUUGUGAAGAGGGCACGACAAAGCCUAUUCCCCCUCAGAAGACUGAAAAGAUUUGGCAUGGGUCCUCAGAUCCUCAAAAAGUUAUACAGCUGCACCAUCGAGACUGGUUGCAUCACUGUCUGGUAUGGAAACUGCUCAGCAUCUGACCGGAAGGCGUUACAGAGGGUAGUGCGUACGGCCCAGUACAUCACUGGGGCCAAGCUUCCUGCCAUCCAGGACCUCUAUACCAGGCGGUAUCAGAGGAAGGCCCUAAGAAUUGUCACAGACUCCAGCCACCCUUGUCAUAGACUGUUCUCUCUGCUACCACACGGCAAGCAGUACCGGAGCGACAAGUCUAGGUCCAAGAGGUAAUAUGUACCUACAUGUACAUAUUACCUCAAUUACCUUGACUAGUCUGUGCCCCUGCACAUUGACUCUGUACCAGUACAGCUGCUUUUAAUUAUUUGUUAUUUAAACAUUUUUCUUAUCUAUUUUUUACACUUAUAUUUCUUAAAACUGCAUUGUUUGUUAAGGGCUUGUAAGUAAGCAUUUCACUGUGAGGUCUACAACUUGUAUUCGGUGCAUGUGACAAAUAAAAUUGAAUUUUAUUUGAUUCAAGGGCUAUUUGACCAAGAAGGGGAGUGAUGGAGUGCUGCAUCAGUAGACCUGGCCUCCACAAUCACCCAACCUCAACCCAAUUGAGAUUAUUUAUGAUGAGUUGGACUGCAGAGUGAAGGAAAAGCAUCCAACAAAUGCUCAUCAUAUGUGGGAAAGACUGUUGGAAAAGCAUUCCAGGUGAAGGUGGUUGAGAUAACCUUUUUUUGGUUACUACAUGAUUCCAUAUGUGUUAUUUCAUAGUUUUGAUGUCUACAAUGUAGAAAAUAUUAAAAAUAAAGAAAAAACCCUUGAAUGACUAGGUUUGUCCAAACAUUUGACUGGUACUGUAUUUCAGCAGGUUAUAACACAAAAUCAUAUCUGAAAGAUGGAAUGUAUACUGUAAGAAGUAUAUUAUGUGCUGUGAUUGAUGUUGCCAUUCUCAGCAACUCAACUUGUAAAAUCAAAGCCAGAAAAAGAGAUGAGACAGUAUUUGUUAUGGUUUUACCCAGGGCUAACACACCAUACUGUAUCCCAGACAAACUAAUUGACUUCCUGAAAUCAAAUACAUGUUUGCCAAGAACAACUGAUCAGUGGAACAUCACAAAGUAGAUCAUUUGCAAUGGAUGGUUGCUGUGUUAAAAUCUGGAUUUGUAGUUUGUAUUAUCUCUACUAAAGCCCACUAGACAGAAGUGUUUUAUGUGUGGGAAGGAGUUAGUUUUGCUAUUAGCCCAUUAAAGCUGACAAAUCCUGUUAUCUGAGAUAUGUUGUGCCAUCUAGAAGCCAUGGAGUCAGUGGUGUUUCCUGACAUGCCUGUUUGCUACCUAAGGCAUAGUUUGUACCGUGUUGGGAUUCAAAGAUUGCCUGUUGACAUCGUUUCAUGCAUGUUCACAGUAUGUCACCAGCUCAACAUUAUCUCUCCAGUUCUGAUGUUGUGAGCUCUGCUCAUGGCUCACUGUCUCGAUGGUGCUUGAUGCCACUUGUGCUGAACGUAGGUUAAUUAACCCCUGCCUGCAUCCUUCCCCCCUCAGGCUUCCUCACACACAAACACUCACAGGCCAGCACAAAGGUUUGGUGGUAAUAAGUAGAUAAAAGGCCCAUAAUUACAUGGCACCAGGUUAGAACAAACGUCAUGAACCGGUGGCUGCCAUCAUGUCUUCUGCCUCAGCGAACAACACAAGAGGCCAUGUCUCGUGCGGACCAUGUGACCGGAAUUGUAUUGACCACUCAAUUUGUGGCCCUGGCUAUCCUGGGGCCGUCUGGUGUUAUCCCUGGAGGGCUGGCCCAGGAGGGGCUGGCCCAGGGCUCUGUCUGCUCCCCUGACAGGGCCAGCUCUGGGGGUGAAGAAUGGGGGAGGCGGGUGGUGUGACUAAGCAGAGUCUUGUUAGAGUGGGGCGGUGCGGACGGGAGGGGCGCAUCGCCAAGCCCUGUCCAAAAACAGGCUGCUGCUCGCUUUUUUACAUCCCACCAACUGUUCACAUUUCAACGCUCUGACCCUUUUUUCAUUUCUAUACAAUACAUCGUUAACAAAACAGUUUACAAACCACGGGUGAUACAUUAUCCACUCUGACUUCCCAGAUUUACUCAGACUAAUGGAUUAACCACUGAGCUGUGUAGAGUCCACACAUGACUAAUGCUCAAUAUCUCCUUUGUGUGGUAUUUGAAAACAAAUGCAAACUUACAGGUCGUAUCUGUAAUACUUGUGUGUAUAUUAUAAAUUAAGAGUUUAUUUCCAAAAGUCUAUAUCCAUAAAUUUUUCACAUUUGUUUUUUUAAUCAAAAAUGAUUGCUUUUGGGUACCUUCAUGUGUGUGUAAAAUAUUACUUUUCUCAGAUUUUGUAUUCAUAGAUUUGAGAUGUGUAUGAGUUUUUACUUAAUUUUUUGCAUAAUGCUACAUGUCCAUUGUUUAGAUGGAAUGGAAUGUUUGUAUCCUGUAUAUUUGAAUGUGAUAUGUGGUUGUUUUAAGAUUAAUGCACAAACUGUAAGUCACUCUGGAUAAGAGCAUCUGCUAAAUUACUCAAAUGUAAAAUGUAACUGUUUAACAUACAGAUGUCAUAUUACUGUAUAGAAUACCUUUUUUUGUACACGUUGAUGUCACAAAUGUAUCAUUUGUACAGUUCUUUAUUAAAAAUGUAGUUAUUUGUUACAUUUGACUGUGUAAAACUUUGCAGUACCACCUGUUUCUCUGAGAGUGAGGUGGAUAUAUAUUGCAUUUUGCAAAGAAAACUGAUUAUUUGGCUCUGAAAUGAAAUCAUUUGGUGAUAGAUUUCAUUGAACAACCCCAUGCCAUUAUUAGAUAGUGAAAAAACACCAAUCUCUUUCAUAAUUUUUUUAAACAAUAAAAGCUAAUUUAUCAACAUUUCUGAAAAUGGAUAUAUAGUAUUUUGGAAUGAAACCUUAAAUAUAUACACAUAUCAUUCUCUAUUUGACAUGCAAUUCUGACAUUGGUUGGAACUCAAACGUAAGAGUUUAGCAAACAAGUCAACUUGAUUCUCAAGAACUUAAGGUACGGACACAACGGUAGCGUUUUCUGUCUGAAAAUACUUAACACCUCUUAACAUCUUGGCCAGGUCGCAGUUGGAAAUGAGAACUUGUUCUCAACUAGCCUACCUGGUUAAAUAAAGGUGAAAUAAAAUAAAUAAAAUAAACAGAGUGCCGGUCGCAAUUUGCAAACCGAGUGCAAACCAAUUCUUGUAAAAACAGGCAAAAAUGUUUGACCACUGGCGGGUGGUGGAACAGCCGACCAUAAUUCAGUUUUUCCCUUUAUUCAUAAGCUAAUAUGUUGGAAAGUGCGUGGACAUUUCUAAUGUAACUAAAUCUUGAUUCAAAACAUUGUUAAAUUGGAUUGAAUUUGAAUCGAAUAGAACGACAGAGUGAGCAAACAAACUUAACCACAAAAAUAGAAAAAAAUAGGAGAAAAAUGAAUCAGUAAGUUGGUAUGUUAUUGUGACAACUUUGCACACUCCACAUGUCACCAAGGCUGUCUUCCCUAGAGAAAGCCUUCCAUUUAUAGCCAUCUAAAAGAAAUGAAUUUGACUUUAACUAGAUCAUCUUUUUCCCUUUCACACAGUCAGAGACCCCUGUGGUUGACAAUAGGGCCUUUGAGAGGGGAAGGAGGCUAGUGCUGGCCAAAGGUUAAACAGGCCAUCCCCUCAUGAUAAAUCACUGCUUAAUGAGCCUGCCAUUGUCCCACAUUGUAUUGUUCACUUUCAGACCGUUACCUUCUGGUUGUAAAGCUGACACAGCUAAUGAACUGGCCGCUUUGAACUCUUCCACAAUAUUGACUGAUUGCAUGGACCAGAUGUCUCUGGCCAAGCGACUAGUAAAUGUAUAUUUGAUUAAGAAAGAGUGCGUGGCCCUGGAGGUGGCUAGUGUGUGUGGGUGUGGAGGGUUCAUUCACCCAGGGAA